AUGUAUAGUUCAAUAGCUUGGAAACGUAGAUUACGCGAGCAGCAAGAAUGGGAAGGUGAAGAUUUUGGACCAGUCACGUGGGAAGAACUUUCAAACAUACGUCGUAAUUCUGUAAUUUUAUUCAAUAGCGAGUUGUAUCCCAACAAAAUAUCUGAAUGGUCACUUCGAACCGAGCGAAAUCGUGAAAAUAAAUGCUAUAUUUGUGUAUUAUGCAGAAGACUUCAGGAUCGUGCCAGGCGUCUCACACCUACUGUAAAAGUCGGACCAUUGGCUCGAAUUACAGUUCGCAAUGGACGUUUCUUGACGCAUCCAGAUUACCCGCGGACCCCUCACAUAUGUGAUUUCGAUCGCAAUCCUAUGUCAGAUCGAGCAGCUGUACUUGCUAGACGUGCAAUGAUUCGCGCACGUGCAGAAAUUUAUGAGGAUGGCAUGACACCACAAGAUAAAAUCAGUCAAGUUCUUAAAAGCUUUAGAGAAGACGAAAAAUAUUCAAAUUUAAGAAAUUCUAGUGCUGAAGAAAUAAAGCAAAUGGAGGACAUAGUGUUGGGACGCAUACAUGGACGUAUGUGGUCGGAAUCGAAUUCCAUUCGCUCAUUGUAUGGCAGCCGUCGGAAGUCAGUAGAUUUUGAUCAGAGUGAAAAAACACGUAAGGUUUACGAAUGUCCGAUUUUGGGUUGUGAUUUUCUGACGUAUUCGCCAGGUAUGAUCAGUGUUCAUCUAAGCGAAAAACAUCGAGCAAUUGAUGAUUCCAGUACUGUUCAAUCAGCAAAUUUCGAAGCGAAAAUGGAUCAUUAUACAGUUGCCUCAGAAAAAAACUAUGAAGCAAAUGGUUCAUUCUUGUCCGAUAGCAUGCCCAUGCGAACGCCUUCUAGUUUGAUUCAGUCUGACUCGAUGAAAACUGCCCCAAAUCAAAUAUAUGAAUCAGAAGGAGAUUAUGGACCAGUUAUUUAUGAAGCUCUUUCAUGUCAACGACGUAAAUCAAUCAUAUUGUUUGAAAGUAAACGUUUCCCGAAUAAAAUCUCAGAAUGGGCGCUCAAAAUGCCAGCAAAUGAAUUGACAAUGUACUAUACAUGUGUACUUUGUCGUAGUAUUAAAGACAAAGGUAAACGGCAAAAGCCGCCAGUACGUUAUCCACCUCCUGCUCGUAUUGUCGUGCGUUGUGGACGCUUUAUGGUUCAUCCAGAUUAUCCGAAAACACCUCACAUUUGUGAUUUCCCGAAUAAUCCUUUAGCGGAUCGAGAUUCUGUUUUAUCUAGACGAAUGCUUGCCAAAAAACCGGCACUAUCUGCAGAUCUCACUGUUCAGAAUCAAAAAAAAUUGGAUCAAAACCCAAACUAUGGCUACUUUGUCCUGCAUCCUACAGAAGAUUCGUCAUCAGAUGUAUAUGAAGCUGAAAAACCAUGUACCUGGCCAGAAGAUCUGAAUAUAUCUUUUUCCGAAGGCAGUGAUGAUGACUAUGAAACUUUUACUAAGAUUAAUGAACAGCAAAAUAUUGAUGUGGAAUCUGAUGAGCUUUCCAGUUUCCAGAUGCAAAAGUCUCAUACAAAUAUCGCGAUAGAAAAAGAGAAAUCGAGUGAAAUAUUUUGUUGUUCAAUCGUGGGAUGCGAUUUCAAGGCACCAACUAUGAUUGAUCUUGAGAAUCAUUUACGAGAACAUGAGCUGCUUGAUGAGCAAGAAAAUUUUCAGUACGGAAAUUUCGAAUCCACAGGCUGUUCUUUUGGAAGUAGUGGAGCUGUGGGGAUCUACGAUGAAACAGAUCUUUGCGGGCCGUUCAGGAAACAUCCCAGAAUAAUGGAGGCUGAUCAUCACUUUGUAUUGUCGACAGAAAAUAACGAAGUCGCAUGCAAUCAGGACUAUUUUGAAAAAUGUGAUCUCCCCACUGAUGUAUCGGCACCUGAAAAUCUUUACGACCCUGACAUUUUACGAUCGUCUAUUCAGAGGCAUCUACAGAAUAUUGAAGGAUCGUUGGGAAACAUCGGAGUGUUGCAACUUGCAGAGAUCAAUGAACAUUUGGACAGAGUUUGGCAAGGACUCUGCGACAUACAGUUAUGUAACCAACCACUUUCAAGUUUAGGAGCAGAUUUAAUACAGAAUACAGCAGAACCCGGGCAGAACGGAAUAGCGAUUCCUUAA